AAUAGAGAUAGAGACACGUAAAAAUCUAUCAUCGAGAAGAUGGAAAGUAUAUGUGGAGAAUCGCGAGGACGACAUCGAUCAUCGGUGGUGGAUGGAAGUGAUCGUUGAAAGUAAGAUCGAAAGAUCGCUAAGAAAUCGUAAAGAAAGGACCUGGAAUAAAGGGAGAAAUAAGUGAUAAGAUGUCGAUGAAGAGGCUGGCGGUUCUGGCUGCGGUACAAACGGCACAAAACGCGCACAACGGCACCCUGACAUCCUCCUGGUCGGCUGCCGGAGGUGGAGGUGGUGGUAGUAGUAGUGGUGGUGGUGGUGGUGGUGGUACCUACGUAAUCCAGGGUUACAACAUGUCGACAAACGAUGGUGGAAGGACGAGUCGUUUCGAGACGAACCUCCACGGGAACGUCAACAUUCUACUAGGAGGAGCGAUGCUGAGCGGCGUUGUAAUCGUCGUAGUUCUCGUCUGUUACUGCUGUCACAGAAACAUAAGAAAGCAUCAGCCUCAGGAAUAUUCUCAAUACUGGAGGGCUGAACCGGAUGUUCAUAGCCUCGAAGUAUUCACAAUGGAUUCUCACGCGAUGCAGUGUUACGAGAGGGCGGGGGUGACGAUGGAUCGCGAGGGAGGGAUGUUGGCGUCGGUUCCACGCCCCGUAACCCCUGGACCGCCGCCGGCCUACGAAAGUCUGAUUUUCAACUCCCAACAUGGACUCGCCGCUUCGCCCCACGAGAAAAAGGAGAGUCAAACGACACCUGGAGGCGACGCCUCGACGCCGCUUUCCGUCCUCCUCGACGCAGCGACGGAAAACCCUGCAGGGAUUGCAAAGGAGGAGGAAUCCCGUCGCGACGACGAAGGGCUGCCUUCCUACGAAGCUGCGUUGAAGCUUGAGGCGAACGGAUACGUCUGAUUGUUAAUCGGAUAAACGAUCCGUGGAUUUAAUUAAAUUCCAAGGGGAAGAGGAUUG